AUGUCGUGCGUCCACUAUAAGUUCUCCUCCCAGCUGAACUAUGCCACGGUCACCUUCAACGGCCUCCACAUCUCCCUGUGCGACCUCAAGCGCCAGAUCAUGGGCCGCGAGAAGCUGAAGGCGGCCAACUGCGACCUGCAGAUCACCAACGCCCAGAGCAAAGAAGAAUACACCGAUGAUCGGGCCCUGAUUCCUAAGAACUCCUCAGUAAUCGUUAGAAGAAUCCCUGCGGGAGGAGUUAAAGCUACCAGCAAAACCUGUGUUCUAAGUCGAACUGCGCCAGUGAGCGGAACACCAAAAGCAGUAUGUAAAAACACAAUCUCAGGCUUUUUCCUACACACUGCACUUCAUUCUAAACAAUGUAUUAGAACAGUGUUACUGGACUCUGAGGAACAUACAUGCCCAACGUGUCAUCAGACAGAUGUUUCUCCUGAUUCUUUAAUUGCCAACCAGUUCCUACGCAAGGCUGUGAACAACUUCAAAAAUGGUACUGGCUACACAAAAAGGCUCCGUCAGCAGAUUCAACAGCCACAGCAGCCGCCACUGCCGCCACCUCCACCACCGCUCAUGACUGUUAUAUCUCCUGCUGCUCUGGUCGUCCAAUGA